UCGGCUAUACUCUUGCCAAGGAGGCGGCUCUAAUCCCUCCAAUGCGCCAUCGACAGGAGAAAUCAUUUGUAGUUUGUCUGACGUGACGAAAGUUUUACCUGGAGGCCGCGUGCUCCUGAAAGACACAAGGCUAUCCUUUUUCCGGGGGGCAAAAAUCGGUGUCUUGGGCGUGAAUGGCUCUGGGAAGUCAUCUCUAUUAAAAAUAAUCAGUGGCGUGGACCAGGAGCAUCACGGGGUGGUAUGGCGGAAGCCAGAUGUAAAGUUUAUGUACCUUGCGCAAGAGCCACAGCU